CGAAUCGCUUGCGCGGUGUUCACUCUGAGUCGGAAACUCCACAUGACGACAGGUGCAUCGCCACUACUAAACAACAGCCAACAGAUGUACCCGUUCCAUCGUUUCGGUGUCGGACCUAGUACUGGUCCAGUGCCGGUCCUGUCGUGGCUCUGUGAAGCUCCUGUUUCCAUUUUGUUUGGGUCCCCCUCUUGCUGCGAAUUCGUCCUUGAUAAACGUCGCUGCGGUCUACUGAAUGAGCGGGGACACCCUAAAACAAGCGCGGCCAGCGGGACUUGGAAUACCGCUGACCGAAGAUAGAAUGAAACCGGAGCUGGGGACCGUCUCUAUAGCCCAAGCGAGGAUGCCACGGACUCUACCUUUCGACCUGUCUUCCGUGGCUUCGAACCAGGAUGCAGGAAGAAUGCGAAAGGUGCCCAAAGAUGAGGUGGUUCAAAAGGAUCCAUCUAGCAUUGACGCCUCCGAGUUUCCAGACAUUUAUUCCAACCAUUCCGACGUUCAACGCCGUCGAAAGUCUAUUCCUUCGUCUUUCCUCUUUUUCUCUCGGAGAUCAUCUGAUCAACCCUCAGCUGCUCGACCCAAUUCUCUGCAAAAAAGAAAUUCUGCUCCAGCGUCAAUCACGCUUGUCAAUCCUUACUCACCCCCUCAGGAAAUUUAUCCUUCCCAGAGUGGUUUGUCUGUCACGGAAAAGCCGCACAAUCGAACGAAAAUUGGACUCGACUUGGUUCUAGAUGGUGAUUUGGUCGUAGAAGGCGGCCAAUUGUGCGGGUCGUUGAAGAUUAAAGUGCCUUUCUCAGAAAAGAAAAAUGGAUCGCUCCUAUCGGCAGGCGUAAGGCUAAGGGUUGUUGGCAUUGAGAGCGCUGGGAGAAACCAACAUCCUUUUAUGCAACACUCUCGGUUUCUUCAUGAAAUCUCUCCAUCGAUUGGCAGCCUGUACUGUUCGGAUGCCGACAGAGAAGGAUUUAGAGCUCUGAGGGCGGGUUUACACAAAAUACAAUUUAAUUUCCCGAUUCCUAUUGGGUCCGGUGCAAAAGGCGUUCUUGAGGAAGGAUCGUCCUCUUCAUCGGUUCACUAUAUCAUUGCUGUGUCUAUGAAGGUCCUCCCAAGUCGACAACAGUCCCCUUGCGUAGUUCACUUUCAUCGAAUGUGCCAAAUAUAUCCCAUCCUCGACCCAAACUUGUUGCUUCGUCCCUCUCCAACCCCUAUUUCCGGAACAGCUGAGGGGUCUCUAGUCUUCGGUACUGGUACUUUGAAGGUUACUGGAAUUCUUGAACGAUUGGCUUGGAUUGCAGGUCAAGUCUGUUGGGUUUACGUUCUAAUCGAAAACAACACUACCAAGCGUGUCAAGAAUUUGACACUUUCUCUGAUUCGUCACUUGACAGUCUUCAAAGUCUUCUCUGAUUCUCUCACACAGUCUUCGGGUCAAGUUGGCUCCGAUGUUUGUGAAACCAACCAUCGACAAGUUGCGGAGGCGAUUCUCGAGGUUGGCCAAAGAGGGUGCAAGGGCCAAGCCAGUGCGAAAGGCUGGUGGCUUGGGGUGGAUCCCGGAGGGAGGGCUUCUCCACGACACGGCAUUAUGAUCCCAUCCAAUGCCUUAAGCGUCCCCCGAAGCCGACUCAUUGAAGUACAAUACUUCAUCAGGGUGGAAGUGAGCGCUGGCCGAUUCUCGGACGUGAAGGUUGAUCUCCCGAUUACUAUCGUGAACCUAGUGUCUCUCUAUCCACCUCGCGAAUUAGUGCUGCACUCUCCAUCUUCGAAAGUCCCUCGUCCCCCAGCUCAGCGUUCUAAGCCUGACGUCAGCAUGCUUAGGCCUCCUGUGGCUCCUGUUUCAGUUCCUGUCGGGCCUGGACAGAGGAGCACGACUCCUCCCUUGUUACACGACACGAAAGAUACUCCAUAUCGUAAAAAUUCUGUCCUACCUAAAGGCAUUCCCCGACAGGCACCUUUCCCGUCAUCUCUACUCCCUCCUUCGCUGGCUAUCGAACAGUCUCGACCUCUCAACCUAAGACCGGAUCCUCAUUUCCGACCCGCCUCAUAUCGUAAAAAGACUGCUGAUGAUUCUAUGGGCUAUUCUCAAGCGGUGGAAUCGCAAAGCACGUCACCGCCUUAUGUAUCCUCCCCAAUGGGACCAAGCGGGGAGGCAACAUCAUCUGCUUCGAAACUUUGGCAAUCUAUUAUCCGCUCCAGUGAAUUCAAAGAUAUAGUGGGCAGUCGCCAGAACACCAGUAGCACAGCGGAUAAGAAACUCUAUGCAUCUUUUGGGAUUUCUGUGGACUGUGAUGGAAACACAUCCGGCUCUGAGGAUGAUCUCAACCGCCUUAUGGUCGCUACUCUAUCCGAAGUAUUGUCCCCCGAUGACAUACACUCAGAACCACUUCACCCCUCUCGGACUCGACAUCCAGCGGAAAACACAAAGCCUGAACCCGGCGCUGAUGUUCUCUCACUUGCGAGUCCAUGUAAUUUAAGUGCAGCUGAAGACAAAAAUCAGUGCGCCGAUACUCACAUGGAUCGGAUUUUGCGACCAAAUCCUGUGCAGGAUAUGCUGAACUCUGAUUCCAUGGAAUCUGUUCGCAGUGCACCUGAUAGUGAACCCAAACUCCGCGCCUCAAAUCCGAGUCUUCCACAAGAGGGAAAACUCUCUGUCUUUGAUUCCUUCUCCAAAUUGCAUUUAUCGUCAUCAGCAGUUCCUCCCAACGCAGCUACGGUGAUAUCUCCCAAUUCUGGAGCAGAUUCAGUGAUCGCUUCCAAGACACGGAGCACUCCAGGCCCAUCCCCUAUGCCCUUAAACUCUGUGAAAGCAAGAGUGGCCAUGCUUGAGCAAAAGAGUCGAAACGAACGCCUGGAAGUGCCAGCUUGGCGGUCCAAAGCUCUGAAUCGCUAAACAACUGAUAUGGCACUGCAACGCUGGGCCAAAAGUAUGGUUACCUUGUGGCUUCAUUAUUCAAGUGAUUAUGAUCCUUCAACUUUGAAAUUAAUUCAGCUGAUUUGUGUAGCACAAAAUACCCGGCCGUGGGUUUUUACACCGUGCUUGCAUCGAAUCCUAGGAUAUCGGCAUUAAGUAUCCCUAUCACAGACGCGUCCAACCGGUCCGAUGUCAGGGCUAGCGCGUCUCGACUAGUUUACCGUUGGCGCAAGCGCCGACGGAAGACCGAACGUCAUUACUUACUGAGUAUUGAUCGAAAUAGAUUCUUAUGAGUUAGAUUUAUUCAAAUAUACGUGGGAAGGACAUUGUAACUAUUGGAACUAUGCUGUUGGUGUAGAGUGAUGAUACAAUGAUGACU